CUGUGAUGAACCUUGCAUUUACCAGAGCGUAUAAACGAUCGUUUGAUAAUUCUGGGGUAGAAGUUGAACCAUGGAAGUCUGCUACAAAGAAAGUGAACACUGGUUAUUUAAUGUCUUCCUAUAAAACUGUUGAACUUGAAACGUCGGCAAUCACCCUGCAAGAUUUGCUGGUGCAUAUCAAUGUACCAGAGUUCGAUGGUCAUUUGCCGAAACUGGAACCAGAUACUGUACUGGUGUUUUGUAACGAAAACAGUUUGGGAAAUAUUGAGGUCAAUGUCGGUGAGAGUGUUCGGCUUAAAACGAGAGGAAAUGGACCUUAUAUUGAAUAUGUUGCAAGACUUGACGAAGGUAUAGGUAUAUGUAGGUUAGCACUAUUUUCCAUCCAGCAAACUGACCGAUGUUAUUUUCGGAAGGUAGAAGAGGUGUUAAACAGCUAUGUAACUAACCCAAACCCUACCCCUACUCUAACCGCAACCCUAACUCUAACCUUAAUCGAACAAAAAAACGACUUUAGAAAAUCGAUAGGGCAGUUUGCUGGAUGGAAAAAAGUGCUAACCGUAUAUUUAGGUUACAGCUAUAUUACUAAAUUCAUGCCUUGUGAAUAAUUAGGGUUAGGUAAUGGAUAGGCAUAAGGAAUUAGGGUAAAUCAGUAAGGUGGGUUAGGGUUAGAGGAAGGGUUAGGAUUGGAUUUGAAUUAAAGCACUGGGAUUAAGUUCAGGUUGCUAAUCCAUACCUACCAAGUCUCACACAUUAUGCGUGAGACACACGCCUCAGCAUAUUUUCUCACGCUCACACACGCAGUAUUAUUUAUCUCGCGCAUGAGCUGCUUUGGCUGCUUGUGAUUGAAGAGUUCAAUAAAAAAAACGUAAAUCUGGAGAGCAAUGUAAACUUUGGAAACCUGUGAAAUGUUUUGGCGUUUAGUUUUUCUAUUUUACACUAUGAAAUUGGUCAGUAAAUUAAUCUGGUGAAUGCAGUAGAGUGGGUAGGUGUUUAGUAUCAGUGUGAAUUUGCUGUCAACACCUCAUUUGAUGCCAUAAAUUGAGCCUAUUUCUGGUGUGUAAAUGCUAUCUGAUUACAGUAUCCAAGGUGCAGCAAUCGUGAAUAAAUCGUGUCUUGGGAAAUGAAACUCUGGAAAUUCAUAUCAGAGACCCAAAUUUUUAAAAUUUUCGGGGGGGGGGGGCGUUAGAUUGCAUCCGUGGAUGGCGUCUCACGCAUGCAGAUCACUCCACCUUGGCAGCUAUGCUAAUCCAAUAAGCUGCAUUGCACCCUGAUACGUCCACUUUGUUAUUUACUCUGCGUUAUGCCAGAUGAUUUUACUCAUCAUAUGUAGAGCGCUGCCGCUCAAUGUGUUAACCAAAUGAUCUGACAAAUUAUGUACCUUUUAACCAUUAAAUUGCAAUACACUCUGCCCUGCUUUGUUAUGUUGCUCUGUCUAACGCCAGACAAUUUUACUAGGUCAUGUGAGUGCCUCUGAAUAUGAGGGCGGCAGUCAAGCAUCAUGGACGGACAAAAUUAUGUCGAUGAAAGGACAAGAUGAAAAGACGUUAGAUCAACCUGAUGGUGUGGAUGAAAGUGAAUGGGAUGAUUAAUGAUGAUUCAAGAAAUCUUAAAUUUAUUAAUGAACUGUGGUUGCUAGUACUCGAAUGGCCUGUACCAGCGUAGGAUGUAACAACAACACCAGAAAGCUGGGGUUGAGAUGGAUUUGAUGUGAAAAAUACAUUCAAGCAAAACUUUGAUGUUUCGAUUCUGAGUUUAAAAGAUUUGAAGGUUCUUCUAUUCUGGAACCACAGAGUAUUUUAAUAAAAUAUAAAACAAUGGUAACUCUGAAAAUAGACAUUUUAGUAUUCUAGCUUCCACUAUGAUUAAGUCAUCAUCACUGAAUCUUAGUCGAAAGCUAGAAUAUUAAAACGUUUAUUUUCAGAGUUACCGUUGUUUUAUAUUGUAUCCCACUCAAUCUGAAGCUUUCUGGUUACUAGUACUAUGGUUUAUAUUUAUCUCACCAAAGUGUAAAUGCACAGUGCUAAAGCCUCCUAAAUUUCCGACAAAACUUUCAAAUUUCUGACAACCCCAUUUGCACUCGAAAA